CGCUCCAUACUGUUUACACAUCUGCGUUAACUCCGAGCACCCUUGAGCCUGAUCCAAAAACAUGUUUACGGGUUAUCAACACAAUGAACAACCCGAGGAACCUGUGGCAUCGGAGAGGGAGUUGACUUUUUCGUGUAACUCCCGCUGCCUUGCUCCAUUUCAGACUUGAAAUGGAAGCUUUUUGUGAAGAACUGCAGCUAAAGCUAAAGUAGCGGUUGGAGGCGGUGGGAGAGGCUGGAGGAGAAGGUUGAACAGAAGGAAACAUCAGGCAGAAGAUGGUAAAGAUGGCAGACCGCUCGGCUCCACCUGCAGCUCCCAUCUCCCCAGUGCAGCAGAUGCUGGCCUCUGGCACUGGAGCCCUCCUCACCUCCAUCAUGGUCACACCGCUGGACGUUGUGAAGAUCCGCCUUCAGGCCCAGCAGACACCCUUCCACAAAGCUUCAGCCUCAGACUCCGCCGCGUGGGGCCGAGUCCUUCGUCCGUCCAAGUGGAAGUGCUUCUUGUAUUGUAAUGGACUCAUGGAUCACAUCUACGUUUGUCAAAAUGGAUCCCACUGCAGUAGCUGGUACAAGACACCCACCCACUUCAGUGGGACCCUGGACGCAUUUGUCAAAAUCGCCCGUUACGAAGGACUCAGGUCUCUGUGGAGUGGGCUGCCUCCAACUCUAGUCAUGGCUGUUCCUGCAACUGUCAUCUACUUCACCUGUUACGAUCAGCUCAGAGACUUUCUGCGCUUUGGUCUGGGCUUUCAGGGCAGCUACGUCCCCCUGGUGGCCGGGGCGCUUGCCAGACUUGGCGCUGUGUCUGUGAUCAGCCCUCUGGAGCUGGUGCGCACUAAGCUUCAGUCUCGGCGGCUCUCAUACACAGAGCUCAGAGUUUGCAUCCGCUCUGCGCUGGCUCAGGACGGACUGCUGUCUCUGUGGAGAGGCUGGGGCCCCACAGUGCUGCGGGAUGUGCCAUUCUCAGCUCUGUACUGGUUUAACUAUGAACUGGUGAAGGCUGAGCUGUGUGAGAGAUACAGGACUCCUCCAAACUUCUCCAUCAGCUUCACUUCAGGGGCCAUCUCUGGAGCGAUUGCCGCCAUUUUGACACUGCCGUUUGACGUGGUGAAAACUCGCCGACAGAUUCAGCUUGGGGAGAUGGACUCACUGGGAGUUUUUCCAAAGAAAACCUCAUCCACAUGGCAAAUUAUGAAGGAAAUUCAAACCAAUUUGGGAUACAGAGGCCUUUUUGCUGGUUUCAUGCCGAGGGUGAUCAAAGUUGCCCCGGCCUGCGCGGUAAUGAUCAGCACUUACGAGUUUGGAAAAGCCUUUUUCCAAAAAAUGAACUUGGAUCAAACUCGCCUGGUAACCUGAAGCUACUGUCUCCCUGUAUGUGAGACCUUAGCUAUUUAACCACCAAAAAAAUCCUUCAAAAACUUCCUCUUUUAAAGGACCUUGAAAGAAUUUUAAGAACUCUUGAGUUUUUUGGAGUUGAUGAAAUGGACGAAGGAUCAUGAAUUUCACUGGUCACCAAUUGAGACUGCUACUAAAGGCAAAAACUGACCAAACUUGAGCACAAAUCGUCAAUUGAAAUAAUAUGACAAAACACACUUUGACAAUGAACUUCUUGUGCUCUUCGCUUAAAGUUUUGGAAGUAUUGAAGCUAUUGUUUGCCUGGCAAUGUAUUGUUACCCAAUGGACUUGAAUCUGCAGGUUUGGACUUCUUCAGUGAGCCACCAAUAUGGGAAAGGUUUUCAUUUUUAUACUUUUAGAUGUCAUUUACUUGAAUAUGACACGAGGAUCUACUUAAGCUGGAUUGAAAUGACUGCAGGAAAAAAAAAAGAUAUUCAUGUCGAUUCAUAACAUGGGUUAAACCAGUGGUUCUCAAACUAUAAAGUGCCACCUCAGGAAAUGUUUUGUUUUUACUGUAGCAUGUUUAUUUAAAAUUCCUAAAAACAUGUACAUAAGCGCGGAACCAAGAUGAAGAUUUUGUUGUGUCCUUAUUUGGACUUUAUUAAGUGAAGUCAGUCAAACCAGUUGGAUGUUCCUUAAGGCUGCAUCCACACUUGUACUUGUUUGAGCCCAGUUUAUUUCUGAAAUAGACUUGGUUUGGUCCAGUUCAAGUCCUGGUUUAGUCCUGGUUUAGUCCAGAUCUAGUCUAGGUUCCAGUUUAGUACAAUUUCUUGCAGUUUGUUAAGUGUCAAUGCACCCUAAAAAUUGUUCAAAAAAGCCAGGGUUGUUUACUGAUGUCCAUCCAAUCGUUAAUCUGAGAAUUCAGGGUUUCUUAAUACUGCACUGACCCAAGUAUAGCCUCAUUUAUGGCAAUGUUUGUUUAGAGCUUACAAAGUACUUUAAAGGACAAUGUAAGCCUUAAGAAUGCUUUUAGAUGGACAAUUUGGACAUCAGUAGCCUUAAAACAAGAACAUGUAAUCGUAAAAAUAGCUGAUAAUAUAGAUGGAUACUAAACUAGAACUAAAUAUGGACUGAUUUUGGACUUGGACCUGUUUUCAAGUAAUGCAAGAGCUAGAAUCAAAACUGGGCUAAGACCUGGACUCCUGGGCGCUAUGGGAAGAGGUUUCAGUACUACCGUUUGAGAACCACUGGAGGUUAUUCAUAAUAUUAUAAUGCCUUUUUUCAUGCAUGACUACAAUGAUCACAAUAAGAACUCAAGCUAAAUUCAACCUGGGCAUAAACUUGCAUUGUCAAACAUUAAAUCAAAGACAAGGCUUCGUGCAUGCUAUGAAGGUGGGUCAAUAGACAUCAUAGCGUUUCAUAAGAGUCACUUGCUAUACUAGUAGUUAUUCAAGGGGAAAAAGCCAUUUUAAACAACGCACAAUGCAUAGAGAAUGGGAAAUAUAUUUUGUUUAAUUGUAUAUUUGGUCUAUAUCCACUUCAUGUAAAUUAUUCACAAAUCAAAGCUAGUUAUUGCUACACUGGAUCAUAACACAUUGCCUUAUUAAUGGUCUGUUCAUCAAUGUGCCAAUAAAAGGAGGCAUGAAAUAA